AUGAUGAAGAGAAAACCAACAUCCUCCUUCCAAUUGACUUGCAUACUUGUGUCACUUGCAGCCUGCUGGACGAUACUAUUGUACUUCAGAGGAUCCAAAGCUUCAUGUUCAAGCACGUGGUUGAAGCGUAAAACCAUCACUUUCGAGGAUCUGCAAGAAUUGAUUAAAACAACACCGGAUUCAAAUGCAGCACGAAGAUCAACUAGAUACUAUUCCUCUGGGCCGCAUUUGGCGGGCACCAACCUUUCCCAGGUAUUGUGGACAAAGAAUUUAUGGACUUCUUGGGGGUUAGAAUCCCAAAUCGUCUCGUACGAUGUUUACUUGAACCGACCCGCAGGCCAUAGUCUGACGCUCCUUCAACGACCUGAAGCAAUCGCCGACAGAGCAGAACCAAAGGUUCUUUAUGAGGCGAAGCUCGCAGAAGAUCCUCUCGAAGAGGAUCCGACCAGUUCUGAUCCACUCAGAAUACCGACUUUUCACGGCUAUAGUGCAUCUGGAAACGCCACCGCGCAAUAUGUCUACGUCAUCUAUGGCACCUAUCAAGACUUUAAAGACCUUGUCAAUGCUAAUGUAAGCCUGGAAGGGAAGAUUGCAAUCGCAAAGUAUGACAAAACCUGGCGUGGGAUGAAAGUGAUGCGAGCGGAGCAACUAGGAAUGGUCGCCGCUGUGCUUUACACUGACCCUGGCGAUGAUUGUUUCAAAGAGUCCGACGGUCUUGAACCCUAUCCCAAUGGCUAUGCAAGACAGCCUAGCAGUGUGCAACGAGGCUCGGUUCUAAGCAUUAAUUGGCAGCCGGGUGACCCAUCCACACCUGGAUAUCCGUCCCUUCCAGGAGCCCCUCGAGUGAAACCCGACGGCAUGUUCGGUCUGCCUAAGAUACCUUCACUGCCAAUAUCUUAUGAGGAUGCCGUGCCUAUAUUGAAGGCCCUCAACGGCCAUGGUCCAUCGGCAUCAUCUUUCGGUGAGAAAUGGCAGACAGCAGGUUUGCAAUACAAGAGAGUCAAAUACAACAUUGGACCGUCACCCUCUGAGAUUGUUCUUCGCGUAAACAACAACCAGGCAUACGAAUUCACUACGACACAUAACCUUCUAGACUACAUAAAUGGUACACAGAGUGAAGAGGUUAUUGUGCAUAGUUUCAGUAGAGCUGUCGAGCUGGGGUGGAAGCCUCGACGCACACUUAUAUUCGCUCGUUGGGACUCUGAAGAGUAUAGCAUGACCGGAUCCACAGAAUGGGUCGAGCAGCACCUGAAAUGGCUGAAAGAUUCUGCGGUGAUCUAUAUCAACUCAGAUCCUGGAGCUACAGGCCCGGAACUUUUCGUCAGAUCCGCGCCCUUGUUGGACCAUGUGUUCCUCCGCACCGCCCACAACGUAAUUUCGCCGAAUCAAACGAUACCAGGUCAGACUUUGGGCGACUUAUGGACCACAGGAAUCAGCACUUUGGGGGGAGGCAGCGACUACUCUGCAUUCCUUGACCAUGCUGGCGUGACCUCCGCCGACCUCGGAUUUGGCCCUAGAAAGAAUGCGCCAACAUACCAUUAUCAUUCCAACUAUGACAGUAUCACGUACAUGGAGAAGAUCAUCGACCCAGACUAUGAGUAUCACACGGUUCUUGCUCGGAUGUGGGGUCUCGUUGCUGCGGAGCUGGUGGAGAAGCCUGUGAUUCCGUUCAAUGCGACGCACUACGCGAUCAAACUGGUGUCGUACGUGGAGGAAAACAAGAGACUUUAUACCGAGAAAGGUCUCGCCCUCGGCGACGGAAUAUUUGAUUGUCUGAAUUCCGCUGCAGGCCGAUUUAAGAAGGUCGCAACCCGAUUCGACCAAGACGUCGAUGUCUUGUCUAGAUCUCUGAGUCAACCAAAGACAUCCUGGUUACAAUACUUUCGAUUUGGACAACGAAGUCGCUUAGAUUUAAAGCUGAAGGUCGUGAAUACCAAGUUGCGCGACCUAGAAAAACAGUUUCUCUACGACAAGGGCUUAGACGGCCGACCUUGGUUCAAGCACACUGUUUUCGCGCCUGGGUUUUGGGAAGGCUAUAAGGGGGUAACAUUGCCUGGUCUACGAGAAAGUAUCACGGCAGGAGAUGAAGAGAGGAUUGUUCGAUGGAUCAGUAUUGUGACUGCAGCCUUUGAGCGCGCGAGCGACUUGCUCGAAAAUUAAGAUGUUAGCAGAGGUUAUGGAAUCAGAAAACGUAAUGGAUCAUCUCC